CAAAAAAACAUGAAACACCACCCUUGAGAUAGGAAAAUUUGCGAGAAGCGAAUUGUGGAAAAACAGAAGAAGAAAAUUUCUGAGAAAUCAAAUCGGAAAAGUAGAAUCGAGUCGCAAAAUGGAAAAGAAGAGUAGCACCGAGGCCGACGUCAACGCCAAAUGGGACGCCUGUCUCGAUCUCACUGCUCGUCGCGUCGUCUACUCUUCCCUCGGCGGCGCGUUCGCCGGUCUUCUCUUCUUCAGGAGUCCUGUUACGAGAUGGGCUUCGAUUGCUUUUGGUGCUGGAAUCGGUAUUGGCUCUGCAUACACAGAUUGCUCUCGUGUCUUUGAUGCAUCAUCGUCUUCAACAUCAGCCACUUUAUUAGCUCCCAAGAGUACAGAGACUUCUGUAUCUCAGGCAGCGGAAGAGUAAAGACGUUGAGGAAGCUUGAGGAUAAACCCAAACAUUAAUGGGUGUUUAAUACAAGAGCUGUGUUAUAUUGCUAUGAAAGUGUUUGUUUGAUCUUUUUGCAGGACAUGGCUUUUGAAAUAUAUAUGCCAUUGUUAAACCUUAGCUUUUUUCAGUGGUUUUGCACACACACUGAUGUCAAAAAUGUUAUUGACCCACUCAUUUCUUACUUGGUUUUUGGAAAAAUCUUACGCAGAUCAAUAAUUCCUCCAAUUUGAUUUCUUUGCCUCGACAUUUCCUUUAUUCAGGCUACUUGUCAACCAAAUAAACCG